CCUGCCCAGGCACACGUCACAUGCGUGAGAGGCCUAUAAAAGAAACCCUUGUAGUUGUGUUGCCCCCCCGGUGAGAGAUUGGUCUAUUACACAGAAAAUGAGCAGUAGGGAAGGAGGGAAGGCCACACAGCAAUCCUUGUAUUUAGGUCUUAUUGAUGCUAUGUGCCCGUCUCUGCUUGAAAGGAGAUGCUCCAGAAACAUCGGCAGCACCUGCAGAGACAAAGAGAUGGCCUCGCCCAUAGAAUGAAGAAGCUAGCAGCUAAGCAGGUGGAGAUAACAAAAAAGACCAAUGCAAUCAAGGAGAAAAUCCAGAAAAGGUACGAAGACAUGAAGCGGGUUCUGGAUCAGGAUCUUAUGAUCACGCUGACCCAGAUGGACAUUGAGCUGGAGGCCACAGAGAAGACAGUGGAGGACAGGAUGGAGCACUGCUACCACCUCACUCAGGAACUGGACCAGCAACUGUCCGACAUCGGCGCCCAGGUGACAACACAAGAAAAUGAAAUUCAGCAGAUUGCUGAAACCGACAAAAAAGUUUCCGAGACUAUGAAGCUGAGCGACCCCGACGGGAUUCACAUGGACGAGUUCAGGAACGAACAACUGCUGAGUCUCACCGUCAACCUGCUGCUGUUCAUCAGAUCCCAGGUCCCUGUCACCAAGAAGCUGUUUCAGACCUAUGCUGCGGACGUUGUCCUCGAUGCCGAAACCGCCCACCCCAAGCUGAUCAUCUCGCCCGAAGGCGACUCUGCCACCUACACGGACACCUGGCAGGACGUCCCGGAGACCACCUCCCGCUUUGAGACCACCCUGAACGUGCUCAGCCGGCGAGGCUUCAGCGAGGGCCGCCAGUACUGGGAGGUGGACGUGAGCGGGAAGACCUACUGGGAGCUGGGCCUCACCUACCCGAGCAUCCCGCGCAAGGGCCGCGUGGAGGACUCCUGGCUGGGCCGAGGCGAGGGGUCCUGGUGCGUGGAAUACUUCAACGGAGACUACACGGCCUGGCACGGCGGCGUGCAGCACGAGCUGCCUCUGCUGGCGGGGAAGCAGUUCGACCGAAUCGGGGUGUACUGCAGCUUCCCCGCGGGCCUGGUGUGCUUCCUGGGAGCCGACACGGCGACGCCGCUCCACUGCUUCUGCGCAGGGACCUUCGCCGACAGCCUGCUUCAAGCCGUGUGUCCCGGCCACGACAACGAGGGCACCAACUGGAAGUCCCUCAAGGUCUGCGAUGCCUCUCGAUCAGCUCCUGUUCUCUGAGGCGGAGCAGCAGCGCCUCACGGGCAGGAAGGCCGGGAAUCAAAUGACCAGGAAUCUCAGAUCUUUAACUUGUGACCCGGGAGGUGCUCGGCCUGUCAGGAGUGUCAACUUCUGUCCGGAGGUUAGAAAACGAUGUAAAGUCAAACAGAUCUGCUUUCAAACAGUGAAUUCAUAUUCAUUUUGAUCAUUGAAUAGUGAAUUGUACUUUUGGUAAGGCUGGUAAUGUUCUUUAUGUUUCUUAAAGUCACCAACAAAGGGUUAGUAGUCCUACUUGUGUCUGUCAACCUCCAGCCCAAUGUGUCCUUCUAAAUAUAUAAACCUAGAAGUAAUAGGGUAAUUAAGAGUAUGGGAUUUGAACUUUUUUCUCAAAAUACUACUCAAAAUACUACACUUCAAUGUUCGUUUUGGAUGAUAUUCAGUGAAAAAACUAAAACAAUGUAAACAAUUUUCCGUGUUGGCUUUUAUUGUGUCUGUUGCAGAUAAAAAUAAAAAAUAAAACACAAA